CUUGUGGGCAGCCUUGCAGCCCUGAGCACCGGCACCAGAGCAGGGCCCCGAAGGAAUAGGAAUAAGAUAUUUUCAUGUCUAGUUACUGGAGGUUCAUCCUUUGCAAAGAAACUGGGAGUUGCAACUGUUUUUCAAAAGGCAGCCAACCCAACGAAGGGAAAGAAGACACAGAUCAUCAUGUUGUGGUGUCGGACAUCAUCCGGCUUGUGCAUGAUAAACAGAAGGUGUUGGGAAUACAGCCAGAUGAAAUCAUGCAUCAAGAUAUUGUUCCCCUUUGUGCUGAAGAUAUUGAGGACCAGCUGAGGAAGAAGUUUGCCUAUCUAUCAGGUGGGCGAGGAAAAGAUGGCUGUCCUGUCAUUACUUUUCCAGAAUUCUCAACAUUCAGUGAAAUUCCAGAGCAGGAGUUUCAGAACGUUCUAACAUACCUCACUAAUAUCCCCAGUUCACAAGAUGCUGGAAUUGGAUUUAUACUUGUUAUAGACCGCAGGCAAGACAAAUGGACUUCCGUACAAACCUCUAUACUGCGAAUUGCGGCUUCUUUUCCAGGAAACUUGCAGCUAGUUCUUGUUUUGCGCCCAACAGGAUUCUUGCACAGAACUCUCUUCGACAUUACACUCAGAUUUCGUAGAGAUGACUAUAAAAUGAAGCUACCGAUCAUAAUGCUGAGCUCACUAACAGAGUUAAAUAGCUACAUUGACAGAUCACAGCUAACUGAAGAUCUUGGUGGCACUCUGGAUUACUGCCACAACAGGUGGCUGACACAUCGCUCUGCUAUAGAGAGCUUUGCUCGAAUGGUUAAGGAGAAGGCACAGACUCUUCGAGCCUUUGGGACUGAACUGGCAGAAACAGAGCUACCAAAUGAUGUAGAGUCCACCAGUUCCCUCCUUACAGCACAUACUGAAAGCAAAGACAAAAUGAAGGAGGAUCUGAAAAUAGUAUUACGAGAAGGCCAGGAUAUUCUCUAUAGUAUUACAAAACCAGUUCUUGAAAACCGAGAGUACAAAAUGAAUCCAGAUCAAAUAGAAAAUCAAAUUACUGUGGAAAGGCUUCUAGGUCAACUAGAUGAAACAGAGACAGCCUUUGAUGAUUUUUGGCUGAAACACCAGCAGAAGCUUGAGCAGUGUUUACAACUCAGGCAUUUUGAACGUGAUUUCAAAGAGGUCAAAGCAGCUCUAGAUAGCGUGUCUGAGAAGUUAUCUCAUUUCACAGAAGUGGGAAAUAGCUGUUCACAUGUGGAGCACAUUCUGAAAGACCUUGCCAACUUGGAAGAAAAAUCGCAUGAAGUUCUGGAAAAGGCCAGGAUCCUAAUAUCUAAAGGUGAUGAGUUCAUACAAAAUAGCCAUUACGCUGUGGACUCUAUUCUCCCUAAGUGCAAUGAACUCCAACAUCAUUGUGACACUAUUACUGCUGAGAUGAAUAAAAGGAGGGCCAUCCUGAACCAUUCAUUUGAAUUACAUAGCCGGUUGGAGAAGUCCAUGAAAUGGUGUGACGAAGGAAUUUACCUGCUGGCUUCACAGCCUGUUGACAAAUGCCAGUCUCAGGAUGGAGCAGAAUCAGCUUUACAGGAGAUUGAGAAGUUUUUGGACACUGGUGGAGACAAUAAGCUCAAGGAGCUGAAUUACUUGUACAAAGAAUAUGAAGUCAUCCUUAGUGAGGAACUAAUGAAACAUAUAGAAAAAGUGUUUCAGAAACAGGAAAGUAUGGAAGAAAUGUUUCAAAAGAGGCAAAUCAGUCUUAAGAAACUGGCAGCGAAGCAGACUCGUCCAGUUCAGCCAGUAGCACCUCGUCCAGAAAUCCCUCUAAAAUCACCGUGUUCAUCUCCAGGUCUUCAAAGAGAUUCUGAAGAUCCAUCCAGCCCCGACAAUCGCAUGGUCCGGAGAAAUAACUUCAGAAGAACCAAGAGUGAAAUAAAUGAAAUCCAUCAUAAUAGAGGUGGAUCUGUGAUGGAUGAUGAAGAAAAUCUAGCUGUUUUACGGAAACAUGUAAUUAAUGAACUUCUUGAAACUGAACGAGCUUAUGUUGAAGAACUUCUGUGUGUCCUUGAGGGCUACGCUGCAGAAAUGGACAAUCCCUUAAUGGCACAUCUCAUUUCACCAGGGCUGCAAAAUAAGAAAGAUGUUUUGUUUGGAAAUAUGGAAGAAAUCUAUCACUUUCACAACAGAAUAUUCUUGAGAGAACUAGAAAAUUACACAGAAUACCCAGAACUGGUAGGAAGGUGUUUCCUUGAAAGGAUGGAAGACUUUCAGAUUUAUGAAAAAUAUUGUCAAAAUAAGCCUCGAUCUGAAAGUCUUUGGAGGCAGUUCUCAGACUCUUCUUUCUUUCAGGAGUGUCAAAAAAAACUUGAUCACAAGCUAAGUUUGGAUUCCUAUUUACUGAAACCUGUUCAAAGAAUAACCAAAUAUCAGCUAUUGCUAAAGGAAAUGUUAAAAUACAGUAAAAAUUGUGAAGGUGCUGAAGAUCUCCAAGAGGCACUGACAUCAAUACUGGGAAUUCUAAAAGCGGUGAAUGAUUCCAUGCAUCAGAUUGCAAUCACUGGCUAUGAUGGAAACUUGAAUGAACUGGGCAAGCUUCUAAUGCAAGGAUCCUUCAGUGUAUGGACUGAUCAUAAAAAGGGUCACUCAAAAGUGAAGGACCUGGCACGAUUCAAGCCAAUGCAAAGGCACCUCUUCCUCCAUGAAAAGGCAAUAUUAUUCUGUAAAAAGAGAGAGGAAAAUGGAGAAGGAUACGAAAAAGCACCUUCAUACAGCUAUAAACACUCCUUAAAUAUGACUGCAGUUGGAAUAACAGAGAACGUUAAAGGUGAUGCUAAAAAAUUUGAAAUCUGGUAUAAUGCAAGGGAAGAAGUUUACAUAAUACAGGCUUCAACCCCUGAAGUUAAAGCCACUUGGGUAAAUGAGAUCAGAAAAGUACUGACUAGCCAACUUCAGGCAUACAGGCAAGCUAGCCAGCAUAGAGUUCUAGAACAUACACACAGUUUACCUUUACCUGCAUCUAAUACAAGCCCUUCAAGAAAUGAGGGAAGGAACAUCAGAAAGCAGGAAGAGAGAAAUGCUGAUCUUGUAAUUCCAGAUGGCUGUGUCACUUCAAUAGCACCGAAGUAUCCUGAAAAAGGCAAAGAAGCAGCAUCUCCCACCAAUAAAAGCCAGACUUUGCCAAUGAUCCGUCUUACAGGACCAGCUUCUCCUAUCAGCCCUGACAAAAACACUAAACGACAUGAAGUAAAGAGUGAUCCAACGCCUCUGGGUCUGAGAGGAUGGUCUAAGACAUCUCAGUCUCUUGAUGCUUCUGAAGAAAAUGAUGGUUGGUCUAGCGCAGAGGAUCCACUUAAUUCCUCAGAUGCAGAAGAGGAAGGAAAAGGAGAGAAGAAGCUGACACCCGGUAAAUACACAGUUAUGGCCAAUUAUGACCAUGGAGGCUCUGAAGACCUGUUGCUGAAAAGUGGAGAAUUAGUUCAGCUGAUUCACGAAGGAGAAGAUGGGCUUUGGUAUAUAAGAAAUCUGAGCACAAGCAAAGAAGGGUGGGUCCCAGUCAACAGUCUGUUGACAGUGCUUGGAAAUUCAAAAUCUGCUCUAUCGCUGAGCAGCUCAGAGUCCGCAGCUGGUUCGAGUACGCUGAGCUCAUCUUCAAGCUACAGUGAAAGUUGCAACGUUAGUAGCACCAGCUUCUCGGACAUUAAGGGCUAACUUUAAAGCUCCAUCAGGACUCUUAUGAAGUUUUUAGACUUCUGUUGCAAAUACUGGAUGCCAGAUGAAAUAGAGAAGCACUGUGUUUGUGUGCCUCUUGAUUUCUCCCACCCCCCACCCCCCAUGUUUAAAUGGUCGUUUACAAAGUCUUCUUAAUGACAUUGACUGAAAAUGUAAAAUGUUGGAAGCAUGGACAGCUUGUUGGAAAGAACGUCUUCUGCAAGUCGCAUGUCAGAAAUCUUUUCUAGAACAAAAUGAAGCUUGCCAUGAAUAAUGUUGAAGAAUAUUAUGAAGAAACCAGGUUAUUUCCACUGUUGUAAAUCUGUACAGUUAAAAACAAAAAAUGUUAAUGUAUAAUAUAGAAAGAAGUGAGAAACUUUUAUCUUUACAAGUCUUUGUACACAAAAACCUCCUCGAAUCAAUUAUCCCAUAACAAGGAUAAGUGUGGAAUGCUGACAAUUUGAUAUUUCUUUGAUAAAACAAAACUUUUUAUUAUUAUUAUGGAGAGAAAACACUGAAACAUGUUUUUUUUAUCAGUUUUGCAUUAUACAAUACCAUGCCAUUAUCUUAUCUCUUAAAGUUAAAAGAUGGCCCCAAGCUAAUAAAUGAAACAUUUCUAAUUCUCUCUGUAGACUGAUAUCCUUCUUUGAAAUUAAAACCAUCAUUUGAGUAUGGGGAACUGCUAAGGGCACUUUUUUAAACAAAGGAAAAUCAUCAGCAUUUUAUUUUCUACAUGUAAAACAGAGUAAUUCUGUAAAAUGGAUCCCUCUAAGAUAUGAUUCACAGAUCUGCCUUACCAAAUGCAAGCAGUAUGUAAACUCAUGUAUAAACCAUACUGGAUUCCCCCACACUUCUGAAUUAAUUUAUAGCUCAUAUCAUUAGUACCUCAUUCAUGUAUUAUUUGAUGAAAAGUCCCAUGGAAGUGAAUGUUUGACUUCCAGCACUUAUGAAAACUAGGCAGUUGGAAUCCGGCAAGAUUAAUUUGGAUUUUUCUUCCUGUCAGAUAAUGUCUUGUCAUAUUCUUCCAAAUGCCAGAAAUAAGUUCUUACUCACAGUUACAAUCAAACCAUGACUGACUCCGGCCAGUACAAAAUUUUAUGGCUAUCUGUAUAUGUUUAUAUAUGAGUGGUAUGUGUUAAUGUAAAAUAUGUAUUUAUACUCUUCAGGCUGCUAAAGAGGCCUCUGUAUGUACUUAGAUUUCUUCAAGAGGCAGCAAUCUGAAGACUGUCCAGGGCUUUGCUUUAUAUACUUCCCAGUACAGAAAGAUGCAUCUCUUCAUAUACUCGUACCCAAACAAGACUUUGCCAGCCAAGGCACAAGUCUGUUAUGUUGUGGUAAUAAAAUAGCAAUAGUCUUUGUAAUUUAUUUUGUAAAUAUGAGUGUAUAAAAAAAUUAAGUCUAUUGCUCCAAAAUUUGUCCUAGAAGUAAGAAUACAAUUCUGGCAUGCAUACCGGCCUUCAUAAUGAUACUCCCUCCCCAAGCAGCCAGUGGCACCAGCUUAGGAGGCUGACAAACAAUAAAUGACUUUUUAAAAUGUAGAAUGAAUGAAUGAAUGAAUGAAGUAGCUUAUUACUUCCCUGGCUCAUAUGAAGGAACUACUAUGGGGAAGAAAAGCUAUGGAAAGGCUCUUCUAUCAAAUCCUGUCUCUUUUCACUUGGGCCCUGACAAUGUCCUUAUUCACGUGGUUGUACAUGUAUCAUUGCACUUUAAUACAGCCCAGAUUUCAAUUUUUCUACUGCUGUUGUAAAUUACUACUAGAGAAUCCAAUGUCUUUAUUAUAUGUAUGAAACCUUGAAUAAACUUCAGCAUUUCUUGCUGGGUGGCCUC